GCCGGGAUGAGGGAGGCGGCAGCGGCAGCCGGGGCCGCGCGGAGUCGGCAGCACCAUGGAGACGGGCGGAGGCGGCUUCCUCGUGCCGCUGCCGCUGCUGCUGCUGCCGCUGCUGCUGCCGCCCGGGGCCGCCGCCGAGGAGGUUGUUUUGCUGGAUUCUAAGGAGUCACAGGCCGAAUUGGGCUGGACAUCGCACCCAUCGAAUGGGUGGGAAGAAAUCAGUGGAGUGGAUGAAAACUACAAGCCGAUUCGUACCUACCAGGUCUGCAACGUCAUGGAGUCGAAUCAAAACAACUGGCUGCAGACAGGCUGGAUUGCCAGGCGCAGUGGCCAAAGAAUCUUCAUUGAGCUGAAAUUCACCCUGAGGGACUGUAACAGCAUCCCUGGAGUGGCUGGCACAUGCAAGGAGACCUUCAACCUCUACUACGUUGAGUCAGAUUCCGAUCUGGGCCGCAGUAUCCGUGAGAACAAGCAUACAAAAAUUGACACCAUUGCUGCUGACGAGAGCUUCACCCAGGGGGACUUGGGCGAGCGCAAAAUGAAGCUGAACACAGAGCUGAGGGAGAUUGGGCAUUUGAGCAAGAGAGGCUUCCACCUGGGCUUCCAGGAUGUGGGUGCUUGCGUGGCUCUGGUUUCCGUGCGGGUUUAUUACAAAAAGUGCCUCUCCACGGUGCAGAACUUGGCGGUGUUUCCAGACACUGUGGCAGAAGCAGCAUUUGCAACCCUGGUGGAAGUUAAGGGCACCUGCGUCAAUCAUGCUGAAGUAGACCUGGAUAGUCCUCCCAGGAUGCACUGCAGUGCGGAGGGGGCGUGGCUAGUCCCCAUUGGGAAAUGUACAUGUAGUGCUGGCUUUGAAGAGAAGGAUGAUGGGUGUGAAGCUUGCCCUACUGGAUUUUAUAAGCUAUCCCCCCGACUCCCUCUCUGCUCUCCUUGCCCCGAGCACAGCUUCACACAUCGAGAAGCCUCCACGUUCUGCACGUGUCAGAAGAACUACUCCCGGUCCCCAUCAGACCCGCCAUCUGCCUCCUGCACCCGUCCCCCGUCUGCUCCAAGGAACCUCAUCUACAGCCUGAAGCAGUCCACGCUGGUUCUGGAAUGGAGCGCACCAGCAGACUUGGGCGGCCGGACCGACGUCACCUAUAACCUCCUGUGUGACCGCUGCUCGGUGGCUCUCCGGCGGCAAUGCGAGCAGUGUGGCAGCAGCGUUGGCUUUGUGCCCCAGCAGACGGGAUUGGUGGACAGGACCGUGACCCUGGUGAACUUGCUACCACAUGUUAACUACACUAUCCGUGUGGCAGCUGUCAAUGGCGUCUCUGAUUUCAGUGACUUGUCAAAGCCGCAGUACGUGGAAGUGAACAUCUCCACCAGUUUCACAGCACCAGCUCUUGUCACUGACAUCCACACAGAUACAAUUGAACAGAAGAGCAUUUCCUUGUCAUGGCAGGAGCCGGGCUUCCCAAGUGCCAGUAACACUGAAUACGAAAUCAAGUACUAUGAAAAGGAUCAAAGAGAUCAAAGUUACUCGACCGUGAAAACCGCGUCGACGGCCGUGACAGUCAGUAACCUCAGGCCUGGCACGCUCUACGUCUUCCAGAUCCGGACGGCGUCAGCCCAGGGUUAUGGAAACUAUAGUCCUGCCAUCGAAGUGGAGACCUUGGGGGAACUGACCGUGGCUCCCAGUGAGCAGAACCCUAUCAUCAUCAUCGUCGUGGUUGCAAUCGCUGGGCUGAUCGUGCUGGUUUCCAUGGUGAUUGGUGUGAUGAUCUGGAGGAGACAGUGUGGGUACAGCAAAGCCAGCCAGGACGGAGACGAGGAGCUGUACUUCCAUUUUAAGAUACCAACCAGGAGGACAUAUAUUGACCCUGACACCUGUGAAGACCCCAUGCAGGCCGUGCACCUCUUUGCCAAAGAGCUCGACAACUCGAGUAUCAAGAUCGAGCGGAUCAUUGGAACAGGAGAGUUUGGAGAAGUCUGCCGGGGAUGCUUGAAACUUCCCAGUAAGAGAGAGCUCCUGGUUGCCAUCCAGACCCUUCGAGCUGGCUGCUCAGACAAGCAGAAGCAUGCCUUCCUGGCAGAGGCUAGCACCAUGGGCCAGUUCGAUCACUCCAACAUCAUCCGCCUGGAGGGCGUCAUCACCAGAGGAAAUACCAUGAUGACUGUGAUGGAAUACAUGGGGAACGGAGUGCUGGAUUCGUUUCUCAGGAAACAUGAGGGCCAGUUCACAGCCGCCCAGCUGACUGGUAUGUUACAUGGGAUUGCCUCCGGCAUGAAGUACCUGACCGAGAUGGGUUACGUACAUAAAAGCCUUGCUGCCCACAAAGUCCUUGUGAAUAGCAACCUGGUUUGCAAAAUAUCAGGCUUCAGACAGUCCCAGGAAGAUAAAAUGGAGACCAUCUUCACCACCAUGGGCGGGAAGAGCCUGGUGCUGUGGUCAGCCCCCGAAGCCAUCCAGUACCAUCGCUUCAGUUCUGCCAGUGCCGUGUGGAGCUUUGGCAUCGUGAUGUGGGAAGUGAUGUCUUACGGGGAGAGACCCUACUGGGACAUGUCCAACCAGGACGUGAUCAAGGCCAUCGAGGAUGGGUUCCGGCUGCCUCCCCCGAUGAAUUGCCAGCCCCCGCUUCACCAGCUCAUGCUGGAUUGUUGGCAGAAGGAUCGCAAUGAGAGGCCCAAGUUCUCACACAUCCACAAUAUCCUAAGCAAGAUGCUUCAAAACCCAGAGCCACUAAAAUGUACCAGCUCCACUUGCACCAGGCCUCACAAUCCAUCCAUCCCCCUGGCCGAACGCACUUUCUCAGCCUUCCCGUCCUUCAGCUCCGUGGGUGAGUGGCUGGAAGCCAUAGAGAUGGGCAGGUACAAAGAUAACUUCACCGCUGCGGGGUACUGCUACCUGGAGUCUGUGGCAAGGAUGAUGGUCCAAGAUGUCCUGAGUCUGGGAAUCACCUCAGUGGAACAUCAGAAAACCAUCCUGAGUGGGAUCCAGACCCUGCGAGCCCAGGUGAUACAGAUGCACGGUCGCGGCGUGCAGGUGUGAGCCCAGCAGGGACGGACACUUUCAGAGCACUGACUUAAAACUCCCUGGGGACAAUGAUGCAGCAGGGCCGGGAGCUGGCCCCUAAACUGGACCAAAUCUCUGAGACUUUACCAAGAGCAGCUGUGUGAGUGGGAGGUAGGAAGUACAGGUCUGCUGCAAACUAGUCAUUCCAGAGUAGUGAGGGAGUCUAGGAAUUGGUGUUUCCUUCCUGGGGGUCUCCCUACAGCAGCUUUAGUGCAGUGUGCUUGGUUGGUUGUGUUUUUCCCCAGCAAUGUUUUGUAGGAUGAGAGUCAAGCUACAAUGAUGCUGUUUCACAUGGUACCUAGGUUAACAGGGUGGACUGGACACUUGUGUACUGGAUUUGACUGUAUUUUAGUAUCUAGUGUUCUACUGAUAAAUCCAUAGGUAUUUUUUAUACAAGCUGAUGUAUUUUACUGACCCCACGAGUACCUUCUGUUGUAUAGAGUCCAGAGCACAGCACACUCUAAUGGCCUAGCUUUGAAAGAUGACUUGGCCCAUCCAUUCCUGUCCCUCCAGAGCAGAUUCUGAAUUCCCACUCUUCCCCAGCGUGAUCCAUUCCAUUCCAAGGGUUACCUCAUUAAGUCACAAAAAGUGUGUGAAAAGUAACUAAUUCAAACCAAAGUGGCAGGCAAAAGUCCCCAAAUUCCGUCAGAAAUGGGACAGAUAAAAUUAGGGAGUCAGGCUGGAAGAAUUAUUAUUGUAUUAUUGAGAAGAAUGCAGCGUGUAUCUGUUCUUCUUCGACUGGACUCUGUCCAUUCUCACUCUUGGGACGUGCCCACAGCCACUGACAGAACAACCCUGGUUACAGGUGAGUAGCCUCCAUUUCUCCCCCAUAGACUGUCCCAACUAACUCCCUAAAACCGUUCUCUGGAGCAGGACUAGAAAUGGCUUCUCAGAAUCACCCUGUUAAAGCAUAGCAUGAUGUUGACGUUUCACAUCACGGAUCAGUAUCCCACUAUGUCAGAGCCAGAGGGUGCAUCCCAAAGCUGCUCGCUGGGUGUGAGACGCCUGGUGCUAUAGCACCAGGAAGGGUUGGGCCGUGUGCGCUGUCUGGGAUGAGAACGCUCUACGCUGUUUGGGAGUUGGUUUGAUUAGCCACAGCUGGGGUGUCAGUUUGAGGUAAUUUCAACGGUGGUGUUGCCAGAUUAGAUCCCAAGACAGGAAAUUCUGGCCAAAUGGGUAUCCGAACGGAAUCAAUGAACCAAUGGGAUCUCUGAAACUGUCAUGAAAUCCAGACAAGGCAGGCAGUAUCAGCACCUUGUUUUGUUGUAAAUAACAGGCCCAGUCCUGCAUUCCUUGCACAUCAAACACACCCACUGUCUCCAGUCAGGGAUCAGACCCUACAUCACCAAUGGCAUUUGCUUAGCAGUACAAGUUUCCUUUAAGUUAGUUAAUUAAAUGGAUUUUUGCAGCCUGGAUUCAGUUGGAUGUACAGAGUUUUGUAGGCCUUUGAUUAUCAUCUAUAAGCAUUACAAGAGAAUUAUCGAUGAUGAAAGACAAAGAUUUACAAAGGGAAUUAAUGCAGUGGAAAGUAUUCAAAGCACAUUUAGAAAUCUGUUUGCAUUGUGAUUCAGAUCUGCCUACUAGACUGCACCAUAGGGAUAGAAAACUAAAUUGAAACUAAAUACAGGACCUUAACUCCUCCUAUCCCCGGUAGUGUUGGCACAGUAUUUACCCACUGCCUGGGCAUUCUUCCUUCUGCUCUCGAUGAAACAAAGAGGCAAUCGUAUGUUUUAAUUUCUCUCUGGCGUGGUGACGAUGCAGAGUCUGUUACAUUGGGGAUCUAACACUUUUGUUCAGAAAGAGAUACUCUAAGGUGGGCUUUUUAAAUUGUCCAUACUUGAGUAAAAUUCUGCUUCGGCUCAGGUGCUGUGAUCUGUUCAGAUUCCGGAGACCAACGGUUUUGUUAGCAGGAUUUAGUUUUGUUCAGAUUUACGUUGGUUUUGUUGCAUUUCAAAGCAAAACGGAACGUUCUUCUCGAGAGGGGAUUUUCUCAGAUAACAUUUCACAAACACUGCCUAUAAGGUGGGGAAUGAUGUGUACAUGUUUUGUGACUCUCUGUUGACAGUUACGUGGGACUUGGCUGGCUUGCUUUCUUGGUUAUUUUGUACUGCCUCCUUGCCUCAUCAGCCUGGAUUUAUAUCUGUUUAGUUCCACAGAGGGACAGUAUGGCCCUGGGGAUGGAUGUACAGAGAGUGUUCAUCAUGUCACUACAUUAGAUCCUCUAGAUGUGGCACCAAGAGGGUGUGUAUUUUAAGUAUAACAGAGGUUGCAGCUAAAGCUCUUUGUAAUGUUCCUGCCCAUAUAGAGGCUUUCAGGCAAUGUCACAUCCGAACUCUCCUGUCAAAGGAUCCUGAAUCCAGGCAGCUCAGACUGUGUGAGCUGACCUUGAGGAAGUUGCCUCCUUUCUUUGCAGGCUUCUGAAACAAAUUUAAGCAAUUCCUGCUAGUAAAGGAAAGGAACAAUGGAGUAACGAGCACAAAUUGUGUGCAAAGCAAGAGAUAAGAAAUAUUGCCCUGUAGAGAACUGGACCGGUCAUUUGUGCUACAAAUCUACAGAGCAUGCGGAAAUCAACAUGCCUUUCAACACACCAUUUCUUGGGGGAAUUGCUGGGGUUGGGAACUCUCCCUGAGGUAGACAGACUCUCUUCUCCUUGUCACUUCUUCAGUUAAGAAAAAUACACCUGCCCCAAUGUCACCUGGUUAACGUUUAAUGGAAAGAAUUUGUCUUCAGGGUUCAUCUAAUUCCAGCCCACUUAGUCAACAUCCUGUUGUUUCCUACCCAGACAAAUAAUAAUUGUGAACUGAAACCUUCAUUUGGUAGAAAUGCCAGAUCCUAAGGAUCAAGUGCAAUUUGUAUGCUCUUUAUGUUUACAUUUUAUCUAUAGAGAAAGUGUACUAUAGUCCUCUAGGUAAGAAAUUGAACCAACUUGAUUCCUGAUCAUUUCAUUGCAUUUGACAUCUUCCCUUGGGUUCCCAAUAUCUGUAACCUCUUGGCUGUGAUCGUUUCUAAGGGUUGUGUGCACUCUGGAUGGUGUGCAGAGCUGCUGUGGAGACCAUUUCUGGAAUAACUGGGUCCAGCUCUGGGGUCUACUCUUUAAAUAGGUGUUGAAAAAUUGGAAAGGGCCCAGAGUACGCUGAGACACGUGAAUUAAGGCCUGGAAAACAUGCCGUACAACAGGAGUCUAAAGGAGCUCAAUCUAUUUAGCAUAUUGAAGACAAUGUUAACAGGUGAUUUGUUCAUGAUCUGUAAGUACCUGCAGAGGGAAAAGCUACCUGAGGACUCGAAUCUAGCAGACAAAGGCAUAACAAGAUCUCAUGGCUAGAAACUGAAGUCAGCAAAGCUCAAAGUGGAAAUCAAUUGCAGAUUUUUAGCAGUGACUCUAAUCAGCCAUAGGAACAGAUUGCCAAGAGAUGUGGUAAAUUCUUCAUCACUUGGAGUCUUUAAAUCAAAACUGGAUCUCAUUCCAAAAGAUGGGGUUGAACUGGAGCAUAAAUUGUUGGGGUUAGAUGGAGGAAUCGCUGAGUGAGGUUCUCUGGCCUGUGUCGGGCAGGAGGCCAGACUAGGUGAGCAUAAUGUUCCCUUUGGCCUUAAAAUCUACCAUGCUAGCAGAGGAAGGCCUAACACGAGCCCAAGGGCUGGAAGUUGAAGCUAAUCAAAUUCAGACUGGAACUAAAGUGUGAAUAUUGACCCAUGAGAGUAAUUCACCAUUGGAACAUGGCAUUGAGGGUUGUGGUGGAUUCUCCGGCACUGGCCAUUUUUAAACUGAUUGGAUGUUUGUCUAACAGAUUUGCUGUUGGGAUUAUUUUGGGCAGUUCUCUGGCCUGGGCUAGGCAGGAGGUCAGACUAGGUGAUUACUGUGGUCCCUUCUGGCCUUGGAAUCUGUCUCUAUAAUUGGCAGCUCUUGGAGCCAGAUGACUUGUAUUCUGGAACAUGUAAUCAGUUCACUGUCUAACCAAGGAGCAGCGUUUACAGUGAUAUGGCUCCCCUGAGCUAGAUGCGUCCUGUGUUUAUAUCCAGUAGAAUACUAUGCUGCCAACUGGGUGGACUGACCGACCAACUGGCAGACUACCUAGAGGCUUGGCGGUGGAGGUUAAACGGCUGGGAAGUCCCAGUAGUGUUUCAGCAGCAAUGCUGCGGCUUGCGGGAUGGUCAAGUUUCUUGAGUCCUCACGGAACCGAGACUGAAACGGGAGGUUCCCUUCCCAGAAGAUUAAGCAUCAUUCCCUGUUGCCUAGGAAUGAUUCAGGUGCCUAUUUUUAGAGAAGCCCUGCACACCUAAAAAUGGCAACCUUACUAACCUCAGAUCUACUUGCUCUUCAAUCAGUGCAGAGGCUCCAGGAGCUCAUUAGCCAGUCGGUAGGUGACAGUAGGCUGAUUAAGGAAGGAUCUAAUUAAUUCAGAGCGGCAGGAGGGGGAGAGUCAGCGCACAGCUGCCCUCUUAGCCCCAGCUUCUUAAAGGGCCUCCUGUCUCAUCAGUUAGCUGAGUACUGAGGGGCAAGUCACAGCUCCAUUGACUUCAUCAGAGUAACAACUGUUUAUGGCAGCUGAGGAUCUGCUCCUACGUUCUGAAACACCUGGUUUAACGUAGUUGAAAAAAGUUCUGUCCCUUCUUCUCAAUUAUAAUCAGAAUUGCAAACUGCUGUGUCUCAUGUUAGGUGGACUCUACCUGUUUCCAGAGUGAACCUGGGAGUUUAAUUACUUUGCUAACUAACUCUUUUGAGGGGCUCAGGCUUGGUCAUUGGAAGGGCCUCUCUGUUAGUCCCAUCCAAAAGCUCUGUACUGUGUCUGUCAACAGAAACAAGACAUAAAAUUGCCCAGGUCAGAGAACACUUUCCUUGAUCUGAACGAUAAACUUCUUUAACUGGGCUCCCUCCUCAACAGUGCAGCCGCUAAACAAGAUGAAUGGAAGACGUCAUUGAUAGGGCCCUACCAAAGUCAUGGUCCAUUUUGAUGAAUUUCAUGGUCAUAGGAUUUAAAAAAUUAUAAAUUUCAUGAUUUCAGCUAUUUAAAUCUGAAAUUUCACAGUGUUGUAAUUGUAGGGUCCUGACCCAAAAAGGAGUUGGGGGGGGGAGGGGUACUGCUACCCUUACGUCUGCACUGCUGCUGGCGGGGGGCUGCCUUUGGAACUGGGCGCCCGGCCGACAUCCACCGCUCUCCAGCCACCAGCUCUGAAGGCAGCACAGAAGUAAGGGUGGCAGUACUGUGCCCCCCACCCCAAAUAACCAUGUGAAACCCCUGCAACUCCCUUUUGGGUCAGGCCCCCCCAGUUUGAGAAAUGCUGGUCUCCCCCUUGAAAUCUAUAUAGUAUAGAGUCAAAGCACACGGAAGUCCAGAUUUCACAGUCCGUGAUGCGUUUUUCAUGGGCAUGAAUUUGGUAGGGCCCUCGUUAUAGAUGAUUGUUAUAUUUUUAAUAUUAACUUCUGUCCCAUUAGUAGCUAAUCUUUAGGGCUGUGUUCAUUGCCUUUAUAAGUAAAUGAAUUAGCAACACUGUUUUUCAGCUGCUCGACCAAGGGGAUUUAUUCUCUUUCCCAUCCAAUCUUGGACACAGUGAGAACCGGCUUCCCUCCUCUGUUAGUCACAGGGAUGCCCUGAUCAAUUGGGCUGUAAGGAAGGUUUAAUGCUUCUGCCCCAGUACUCCCUCUCUUUCCCAUGGGGCAUCAGUGUAAUCUGACCUAUUACAAGGAGAAUAAAGAACACUUUUUAGUCAUCAGCAGGCUUUACUAGAGCUAAUAAAUGCAAUUACAACAGGAUUAGAUUGUGGACGUUAAUGUGGCCAAGGCACCAAGUGUCUGUGUGUGUGGCAGAAACCACACCCAAGUAGGAUCGUGCUCGGGUCUCCCUUCCCCUCCCCUGCUCCAGGAGUGGAAAAAACCACUGAACCCAAAUCGGAGUUCCUUAGCUUGUCCCAUUGGCCAAAGGCGCCUCACUGCCAUAAGCCAGGCCACAGUUCUGUACCUCUGUAGGUAUGGGGCCGUUACCUUGUAUGUAAACAGCUGAGCUCCCAGUGGCCACAUGCUGGGUGCUUUUCCUCAGCCAGGGCUCUGGCUGCAAGCAUGAAACAAACAGAACAGCCGUUAGAUCCCAGAUGUCCUUCCGCAGAGCAAAGCGACCCAAAGAACUUAACAUGCAAAGGCUCUGUGACCUCCUCAGGCGCAAAGACUUUGUCAACAUCUGCAUUGGCAAGUGACGUGGUGGCCAGUGAGAACCAGCAUUUCCCUGCAGGAGGGUGCUGAAAACCCCCAGGUUGUCUGGGUAAGUGAGAAGGACUUGUCAGGCUGGUAGUGGGUGUCCUGGUUCAGCACAUGCCUGUAUGGCCAGCAGGCCAUGCUCCCAGGGACGGAUUUUCUGCACCCAUCAUGCCUGCAGAACCUGCGUUUUCUUAUGCAAGAGGUGCUCUUGGAAAGACACUGUAAUCUGAGUAACCAAAAAUUACUCUGGGCUCACAGGUCAAUUAUAUUUUUAGUGCAAACAAUUGGCCCUGAGCAGCAGCUUCAAUCCUCCCUUCAAAGAGGCUUAUCAGCAAUUGCUUCCUCUGUCCCUGCACUCGCCAGUGAAACAAUCUCUCUUCUGGAGCGGGAGGGGUGUCCAUCUGCCCACCUUCCAGGCUGCCUGUUCAAAUUCGCGCAAAGCUCCUUUGGGUGCCUCUGCAUUAAUCUGCUAACAACGCUGUGACAAAGGGUUUUCUUUGGAUGAUAAUCGGAACAAAAGUGCCGGUGCAAAAAGCACUCGACAGGCAAAGCUGCUCUUGGCAUGCUGCUAAUGCAGGGCGAUGCCAGCGGGAGGACUUAAUUCUGUUAAUUUACAAAGGAUAAACUUUGAUUCAGGUCUCGGCUGAGGGCUUGACAUGAGGCUGUUAUUCUCACACUUCGGCUUUUCCUUUUGUCGCUUAGUCUCCGGCUCCCUUCUGGCGAGGAUUCUGUGCCUCGUGUGGCUGCCAGGGCCAGGGGCUCCUGGUACUUCUCAGGAAGAGUAUGGAGCACACCCGAGCAUGUCAUCCCCAUCUCCUGCUAGGUGUCUGAGCCUAUUAUUGGCUUCCUGAGACUCAUUUUUCCACUCCUUGCUCCGGUAGCAUAACUGCCAGCUCAACCCACGAACAGGGAGCAACGUUUAAGGGCUUUUCCACGUAAUCGCUAACUAAUACCUCUCCGUUGGAAAUGCAACUCUGCCUGGGUACAGGUCAUUUGCCUGCAGCAAUCUGACUGUCCCGCGGCGGCAGGAGGGAAUAAUUGUACAGUGUCUCUGCUGUUCAGCUCCACCGGCAUUAGCUGCGUUAGGAGCCCGUGUGUGGCCAGGCUGCCAUCUGGCACCGGGGUCGGAGCUGGACUCCUCAGCUUCUCUCCCAUUGUUUGUUAAAGCCGCUUCUUGCAUCUUGUCUUCAGGCGGACAGGCCCUGUCCUGAAGGAUUUGCCUGUGUGGGCCAUGCCCUGCACAAUGUGGCCCUAAUCUGAUCCGGGUCUCUGGCCACUACCACAAUUCCCAUAAUCCCAUACCAAAGUGGGGUCAGGCAAACAGGUGUCUCUCUGCUGGGGGAUACUGAGGGGAGGUUUUAAAGUAGGAAAACUAGCAUCAUAUUCGAUAGCGUUAGUACCCACGAGACCUGAGGGAAGGGACAGCCUGAAAUGAGGAUGGUCCAAAGUGCUGAGCUUAAAAGCACUCAGCACAAAUUAGCUCCAUUCUUUAAUUUAACAAGAGUUCGUGUGUUCAGACUAGCGAGGUAUUAAAUACUGCGUCCCCCCUCCCCCCCAAACCAAAAUUGGAAUCAAGUUGGUUCAGCAGUUUAGGUUUUUUGAUAUUCAUUAACCACAUGUGAUAUAAUGUAAAUACAUACUGGAAAAGUCAAUAUAUAUUUUUAUAAGUUUCAACAAAUGUAAUAUAAGAACACAAGGGACACUGAACAUUUCACUAUUUGAAUUCUAGUCAGGUGUCUCCAGGAAUCACUAUUGUUUUGGAAUAAUAAUAUAAUUAAUAAAGCUAUAUUGACAUUUUUGUUAAUUUUGUAUGUAUUGACUCAUGUUUGAAGGUUGCAAUAAAGAGAUACUAUAUGCAUAAGUGAAACCCAA